AACACCCCAAAACGAAAUCAAAUGCAGAGGAACAGUGAAGGGGGAAGAAGCAAAAGUUGAGAUUGGAGAAUAGCAAACGUUUCUGCUAAAGCCUCUCUCUAAAAUGGUUUUCUUGUAGCGAAGCCAACAACACACUUGACUACUUGAGAGAGAUGGAGGAGAAACGAACCGUAGCUUCAGCUGGAGAUUCUCCGGCAUCUGAGCCGUCGACGACGACGACGCGGCGGCGUUUGAAACGCAAAGCGAACGCUCUCGGCACAUCCAAUUCCUCUUCUUCGAAGAAGCGGAUGUUGACGCGCGAGAAGGCGAUGCUCGCGUCCUUCUCUCCUGUCCACAACGGGCCUCUGACUCGAGCUCGACAUGCGCCUCCAAGCAACAUGGCUGGGGUGAAGUCGGAGGUGUUGAGUGCCGCCGCGGUGGUGGUGGUGGGUACGGAUGGUGAGAAGAUGAAGGAGGAGGAAGAGAGGAACAAAGGGAUCCGUGAGUGGGAGGCGAAGAUGGAAGAUGAGUUCGAAGCGGUUAGAUCUCGGGAGAGUAAUGUUCAUGUGGUGCCUAAUCAUUGCGGUUGGUUUACAUGGGGAAAAAUUCACUCGCUUGAAGAGCGCUCAAUGCCCUCUUUCUUUAACGGCAAGUUGGAGGGUCGCACUCCUGAGGUAUAUAGGGAAAUACGGGAUUGGAUCAUGAGGAAGUUUCAUUCCGAUCCGAACACACAGAUAGAAGUAAAAGAUUUAACAGAACUCGAGGUUGGAGACUCGGACGCAAAGCAAGAGGUGAUGGAGUUCUUGGACUACUGGGGCUUAAUCAAUUUUCACCCAUUCCCAUCAGCAGAUGCUAGUUCUACUGCUGAUGUUCAUGAUGCUUCUGGGGAUAAAGAGUCUCUGCUUAACAGUCUAUAUCGGUUUCAAGCAGAUGAGGCUUCCCCUGCUAUUGUUCACAAGCCUCGUCUCACAGCACAAGCUACUACGCCAUCAGGGUUGUUCCCAGAUCCGGUGGCGCCUGAUGAUUUGCUGAAGCAAGAGGGUCCAGCGGUUGAAUAUCACUGCAACUCCUGUUCAGCUGAUUGCUCUCGCAAGCGCUACCACUGCCCGACACAGGCGGAUUAUGACUUGUGUACGGAAUGUUUUGACAGUGGCAAGUUCAGCUCAGAUAUGUCAUCUUCCGACUUUAUACUAAUGGAUUCUGCUGAAGCUCCUGGAGUUGGUAGUGGGAGGUGGACUGAUCAAGAGAACCUUCUUCUCCUUGAAGGUUUAGAAAUCUUCAAGGAAAAUUGGAGUGAGAUUGCAGAGCAUGUUGCUACAAAAACAAAAGCUCAGUGUAUGCUUCAUUUUCUUCAAAUGCCAAUCGAGGAUGCAUUUCUUGAUCAAAUUGACUACAAAGAUCCGAGUACAAAAGACAGUACAGAUGUAGCUGUGUCUAAAGAUGAUAAAUCUGUCCUAAAAGAUGCACCUGAAGAGACAGAGAAUAAGAAUCCUGUUAAUGAAGUUGAAACUGUGAAGGAAGCUCCAGAAACAGAAGAUGAAAAUGAAGGAAAAGUUCCUCAGGGAUCUUCGAAGCCUGAGGACGCGAGUGAAAAAACUAACGAAGUGGAAGCCGAAGAGAAAACGCCUAACGUAGAAACCGUCACUGAUGAGAGUUGUAAAGAUGAGGCUGAUGAAAACGUUGCUUUGAAAGCUCUGACUGAAGCUUUUGAAGAGCUUGGUUAUCCUAUCACACCCGAAGCCUCUUUAUCCUUUGCGGAAUUAGGAAAUCCUGUCAUGGGACUGGCAGCUUUUCUGGUGAGAUUGGCGGGAUCUGACGUUGCUACUGCUUCAGCCCGGGCUUCCAUAAAAUCUCUUAAGAGUAAUUCUGGAUUGCUGCUUGCCACAAGACAUUGUUUUGUUCUCGAGGAUCCACCAGACAACAAGAAGCAUUUAACUGAAUCAAAAAGUGUGGAUGCAGUGGGGAACGAUGAUAACGAUGAGCAGACAAAAGAAAAAAGCCAGAAAGCAGAAGAUGCCUCCUUGAAUUCAGAUGAUAGGGAAAUGACAGAUGCUGAUCCAGGCAAAGAAAAUCAGGAUUCAGUCUCUGAAGAAAAGCAACCUGGUUCCCGAACUGAAAAUUCUGCUAGAAAACCAGAUUCUGAAGGACGAAAAAUAUCUAGUAAUUCAGUGGCAACUGAAAACUCGGAGGAACCAACGGAUAAAAUGUGUACUUCCCAGGAAAAAUGUUCAGGAAAAGAGCUCCAGGUGCCUUUAAAGGAUGGGAAUAAGCUUUCUAGUGAAAAUAAAGACGCUUCUCAAGCAAGUGCCUCCCAGUCAGUUGCAGAUGGUUCUCAGCCAGAAGCAUCAAAAGAUGUAGAGAUGAAGGAUAUAUCACAGUCAGAGAAGGUUGAAAAGGAUGUUCCUAGUAUACCAGACACGUCUAUUGCACAGCAGCCCACUGUAAGGGCCUUUGUACCGGAAAAUGGAACAGAUGGUGAAAAUCCAAAUAAAGAGAAGGAUGUCUGUGAAGGGACAAAAGACAAACAUAACAAACUUAAGCGCGCAGCUGUCUCUGCUCUCUCAGCUGCAGCGGUAAAGGCAAAGCAUCUUGCAAAGCAAGAAGAAAACCACAUCCGACAACUUUCUGGAUCAUUGAUAGAGAAGCAGUUGCGUAAACUAGAAGCAAAAUUAUCUAUAUUCAACGACGCUGAAAGCUUGACAGUAAGGGUAAAAGAGAAAUUGGAGAGGUCAAGGCAACGGCUAUACCAUGAAAGGGCACAGAUCAUAGCAGCUCGACUUGGUGCCCCACCUACAAUGUCUUCAAGAACAUCAUUACCAACAAACAGAACCGCUGCAAAUUUCGCUAAUGUUGCCCAAAGACCUCCCAUGGGUAUGUCCUUUCCACGCCCAACAAUGCCAAGGCCUCCAGGUGCAUCACCAUUCUCCGUUCCGGGUUCACUUGUAGCCGCAACAGCAGUAACCGGAAGCUCGGGUCCACCUCCAGGUUCGGACAAUGUUUCUUCGGUUUAGUGGUGCCACAUCAUAACGUUCAGAUUGAGGUAGCUCUUGGUGUUCUAUUAGUAAACCCCAGGUACAUCAUCAUCCCAGCUUUUUGCGGCGCUUGGUUUAUUUUCUGGAGAUUUAUGUAGGAGACGAAGUUAGUUAUAGGGGUCUUGGACCCAUCGAUUAAUUUUUACUAUAACUGUCAAUGGAACAUAUGGAGAGAUAUGUGAAUGUACUUUAUUUAUGGGUUAUUUGAACUUUUAUGAAAUGUAACGUUGAGCAGAGAGAUAUAUGAAUCCGCAGGUGGCAAUGU